AUGUGCCGCACCGGCUGCUCCUCGGGCUGCCAGCCAGCCUGCUCUGUGCCCAGCCCCUGCCAGGCAUCCUGCUAUGUGCCCGUGAGCUGCCAGCCUGCAGUGUGCACACCCGUGAGCUGCCAGUCUGCCGUGUGCACACCCGUGAGCUGCCAGCCAGCUGUGUGCACACCCGUGAGCUGCCAGCCUGCUGUGUGCACACCCGUGAGCUGCCAGCCUGCUGUGUGCACACCUGUGAGCUGCCAGCCAGCUGUGUGUACACCCGUGAGCUGCCAGUCUGCUGUGUGUGUGCCCGUGAGCUGCCAGCCUGCUGUGUGCGUGACCCCCUCCUGCCAGUCCAUCGUGCGUGUGCCUGUGAGCUGCAAGCCAGCCGUCUGCGUGGCCCCCUCCUGCCAAUCUUCUGGGUGCUGCCAGCCCUCCUGCCCCACCCUGGUCUGUAGACCCAUCUCCUGUAGCUCCCCUUGCUGCUAUUGA